GAAGUCCGACUGGAGGCUCCAGCGGACAAAAAUUCCACGGUGGUCGUCGAAUACAUGCUUCCCGCGCCGUCUUCGGUUCCCGUCAACUACGACUUCGGAAAGGCACCAUCUUUCCUCGCCGGCGGGGGAUUGGAGUGCGCGCUGCUAGUGGCCGAGGACGAGGAGGCGGUGGAUCUGAUCGCCAAGGCCGACGUGGAGAUGAUCCGGGCAUUGCUGAGGCUGGGAGUGCCAUCUCUAGGCCCCGACGGGCGAUUCCUCGUCGGCGCAGCAACAGGAACUCGGCAAUCCGACAAGGAGCGGCUGGAGCAUCUCGUGAGGGCCGGGGUGAACGUGGUGGUGGUGAACAGCUCGCAGGGGAACUCGAUAUACCAGCUGGACAUGAUCAAGUACGGGAAGAGUAAGCACCAGGAGCUGGACGUGAUCGGCGGCAAUGCCGUCACGAUCGCCCAGGCCCAGAAUCUGGUUAACAGGAAGUAUGCGCUGUGGGAAGAGGACAGGAAGCAACAGCAGUGUACAAGGUUUCAUCUUAAGCAAAGGAUCAUGAUGUGCCUGUUAUUGCUGAUGGUGGAGUUUCAAACUCUGGACACAUUGUGAAAGCUUCAGCACUAGGGGCUUCAACUGUUUGAUGGGUAGUUUCCUUGCUGGAAGCAUUGAAGCUCCUGGGGCUUGUGUGGAUCUGAAUGAUGGUGAAGAAUACAGGGGAAGUGAUUCGAUGUACUUGGGUGACAAUCUGAAGCUCAAAGUUGCACGGGGGGUUGUGGGUGCUAUUGCUGACAAAGGCUGUGUGUUGGAGUUUAUUCCCUACAAUCUAGGCGCAUCCUCUUUGCGAUCUGCUCAUGAUCGCUUACGUUCAAAGUGCUGAGAUUGGAGGUUCGAACUGGAGCAGCUCAGGUAGUUCCUGUUCAUGGAUUGGUUUCAUAUGAAAAGAAAUUCUUCUAAAUAGAGUGGUCAGACGGGUCAAUUCAUGAUGGGGCAGAUCGAUCCGUGAUGGACUAAUCAUUUGAUGGGGCGGGGCGGGACGUGCCAACACGCCAACGUGACAGGUUGAGAAAUUUCCAACCCAACAUUUUCUAAGGUGGGUUGCGAGUUUGACGAGCUAACUCGCGGGUCCAUCAAAAUUUUUUUAAAAAAUUAAAAAAUAUUUCAUAUCUUUAACAUAUACUUCGAAAAAGUUUUCUACAAUUAAAUGUAUAUAUAAACAUGUAUUUUAAAUAUAAAUGGACACAAACGAGUACUUAUUGGAUGAAAAGUACUAUUUUAUUUCAAAAUUAUAAUAAAAAAAAAUAAUAAAUUGACCUAAAACUUAGCUUACAUGUUCUUUUCAACCCGCGGGUCAACCCAAGUCCGAGUAGCCCGACCCGCGCGGGGGCCUAGGUGGGUCGGCCCACGGCGGACUGGGUUUGAUAAAAUUCCAACCUAAUCUGUUUAAAUUGUUUGACGAGAUGGACCAACCCGAUGAAUCCAACCCAAACUGACGGCUCUCUUUAUGAAAACAUGCGAGGUCCUUAAAUCCUUUUGGUGUGUUUGCCAUGUCCAGGGAAUGGAAAGAACUAAAUAUUCUGUAUCACAUAAUUUUUCAUGAGUAAUUCAGGUGUUCAAAUUUCACCGGAUUAAUUUUGAAUGAUUUUUUUUUCCUUAUUUGUGUUCUAAAAUAUUCUCUAUGAUAUUCUAGUUCUAUUUGAAGUUGGAAUUCUAUUCUAUCUUUUAGUAUAAUAUUACAAUAAUAACAACAAUUAAAUU